AUGGCUGAAACCGGUCGCGGAAGUCCGCGCAAGGGUCUGGGCAUCCGCGCGCAUCGAGGGGAACUUCGCGAGCGCCGACGCAGUCGCAGCCGCACGCGAGCCAAAGGUCGGGGCGAAGAGAUCUUCUCGGAUUGGAGCCCCGUCACCGACAUCGGUGUGCUCGUGCGCCACGGCAUAAUUCGCUCCUUGGAAGAAAUCCACGUGCUUUCGCUGCCUAUCCGAGAGCACCAAAUCAUCGACUUUCUCUUCGGGGAUAAGCUGAAAGACGAAGUUCUCAAGAUAAUACCCAUCCACAAGUCAGAUGAUGACCGGCAAACGAAGUUCAGAGCAAUUGUUGCAAUCGGCGACUGGAACGGGCAUGUUGGGCUAGGUAUAAAAUGUUCGGAACACGUUACCGCAGCCGUUUAUGGAGCUCUUGUUUCGGCGAAACUGUCGGUGGUGCCGGUUCGACGAGGACAUUGGGAAGGGAAAACAGGAGAACCACAUACAGUCCCCUGCAAAGUGAUGGGGAAUUGCGGCUGGAAGAGAGUUCGUUUAAUGCCUGCGCCUCGGGGGACGGGAAUUAUCGCAGGUCCGACUCCCAAGAAAAUACUGCAGAUGGCGGGCAUCCAAGAUUGUUACACUUCCAUCAGUGGGUCUUCAGGAACGUUGAUCAGCAUCAUCAGAGCUACAUACUCAGCACUUGCGAACACUUACUACAUUCAUCUCAACACCGAUGAUAAAGACCCUAAAAUAUUAUCACAGCCAACCAAUCAAGAUGCAAAGAAUGUUCCCAAACGCCGAAUAAGUGCUACUACAGCCACUAGUAAAAGCGGCUCUUUUAUGACAUGUGCGAAAAAUUCAGACAAAUCUGUGAAUGCAAUGAAGAAUACAAAGUACUUUCGUCUGACCGCAUCAGCUACUACUGACCUUAAUAAAUUAUGA